GUUUAGGCGUCAUGGGUGCCUUUGCGUCGGCUAACAGUAUCGGGCUUAUAGCUAUCGAUCGGUACCUUUACAUCCUCUAUGGCCUUCACUAUCAUCGUUACUUUACUACACGUCAUUCCUAUUGCGUGGUUUCAUUGAUUUGGUUUAUGGGCCUUGUUAUUGGAUUUGCAGGCACAUUUAUUUGGCGAUUUCCAAUGAAAGGACAUGCCUGCUGGUAUACACUUUUAGUUCCAACAAAAGUGGGACUUUUUAUGAUUUUCGUCGAAAUCAUUCCAAUGGUGCUCAUAGUUGUUGUCUACGGUAUUAUUUUAAAAAAUGCUAUUAACGCUAUUUCUCGCACAAAUAAUUGCCCCUCGGUAAGCCAUAUUCAUCCAGAGACUAAUUCAAAAAAUCAGCAGCGGUGUAAGGAUGGAGAAAUCCAAAUCAUUUCUUGCAGUGUAAAUGAUCAACUUCCAUCAUCAAAGAGACUCUCAUUAUUUGGUCUACCUUGCUGUCGAAGGAGCAGUAUUAAUCUUGCAAUUUCAAGACCAAAGUUUUGUAAGAACAAGUGGAAGGCUGUGAAAAUAGUUGUCUUCACAGCAGGCGCCUAUGUUGUCACAUGGUUCCCCACCUUUGUCGCUUGGGUAUUGUACGCCAAUUGUGAUUUAGAAACUGAUUUCGAGUAUUGUGAAAAAUUGGCAAAUUUAUUAACCAAUCCAUUGUCAUUAAUGAUUCUAAGCAACAGUCUAAUAGAUCCUGUAAUUUAUGCUUGGUGGCAUCCAGGAUUUCGAAAGUCGGCUAAAAAAAUGUAUUCUAUGUUCUUAAGGACGAAGGAAUCAUCGAGGACUGGAAAUCGUACUUCAGAGCCAAAAACUUCAUCCUUGAAUCGGAAAGGAGAGUUUUGA